CCUGUGUGUUCUUCUUUUCCUCGUUGCCGAAGAUCGCCUUCCGGCUUCCCAGCCGGCCUCCCUCACCGGUCCUGUGCUGCUUCCCCGCAGGGCACCUUUCACAGCCAGCAGGCGUUGGAGUAUGGCACCAAGCUCGUGGGCGGAACCACUCCGGGGAAGGGCGGCAAGACGCACCUGGGCCUGCCGGUCUUUAACACCGUGAAGGAGGCCAAAGAGCAGACAGGAGCCACCGCGUCUGUCAUCUACGUCCCUCCUCCUUUUGCUGCUGCCGCCAUCAGUGAGGCCAUUGACGCAGAGGUGCCCCUGGUGGUGUGCAUCACGGAAGGCAUCCCACAGCAGGACAUGGUGCGGGUCAAGCACAGGCUGCUGCGCCAGGACAAGACCAGGCUGGUCGGGCCGAACUGCCCUGGAGUCAUCAACCCUGGAGAAUGCAAAAUUGGCAUCAUGCCUGGCCACAUUCACAAGAAAGGAAGAGUUGGUAUCGUGUCCAGAUCUGGCACCCUGACUUACGAAGCGGUUCACCAGACAACGCAAGUUGGAUUGGGGCAGUCUUUGUGCGUCGGUGUCGGAGGUGAUCCUUUUAAUGGGACAGAUUUUACUGACUGCCUGGAAAUCUUCCUGAACGAUCCGGCCACAGAAGGCAUCAUACUGAUUGGCGAAAUUGGUGGUAACGCAGAAGAAAAUGCUGCAGAAUUUCUGAAGCAACAUAAUUCAGGUCCCAAGGCCAAGCCUGUGGUGUCCUUCAUUGCUGGCUUAACCGCUCCUCCGGGCAGAAGAAUGGGUCAUGCGGGGGCCAUCAUCGCUGGAGGAAAAGGUGGUGCCAAAGAGAAGAUCUCGGCCCUUCAGGGCGCGGGAGUUGUGGUCAGCAUGUCUCCUGCACAGCUGGGAACCACCAUCUACAAGGAGUUUGAAAAGAGGAAGAUGCUAUGAAAGAAAAACAAACGAAACGGCCCCUAGAGCUCUGGAGCGAAUCACUGUAGAAACGUGAGCCGGCGGCAGCUUGCCUGUUGUGCACGGACUGUCGGCCUGGGCCCCUGUCGCGGGCCCUCGGUACAGCGGGAAGCCAGAAUGAGGCUUGGAGCGGCCCACGCUGAGAUCUGCUCACGUCCGAAUAACAGCCAAUAAACAAACCAUUUGAUUUGAA